AUGGCACCUGAUCAUCGCCUAUUACAGCACAAGCCACAACUAAAGGAUGUUAUUGUCGACGCCAUUACUUCAGAAGUCUACCACGUCAAGAAACGCCCGUCCGAGGCGGGGCGGAACGUUCUCGUUCAUACCAAAUUGAACAAGGACGUAGUCGGGGAAGGUUGGAAUGUCCGAACGGGCGUUCAGGAAUACGGUGGAUCAGCGGCGGUCAUUCACGCUGGUGUCAUUUACUUUUCACAUUUACCGGAUGGGCGCAUCUAUCGAAUUUCGGAUGGUAAUCAGCCAGAACCAGUAACGCCAGAGUCCCUUAUCGAUACGCCAAUUUCGAGCCUCACCCCAUACACACCCAUCUCCUCCGUUCUGGAAGAUCAUACAGACGACACCCCUGCUGGCAUCGUAACCUCGUUAUGUAUUAUCAAUACCAAGGAGAAAUCCAUCCAUCCUCUGAUUUCCGGCGCCGAUUUUUACGCGUUGCCAAAGUUCUCUCCGGAUGGUACCCGUCUUGCAUGGAAUCAAUGGUAUCACCCGGAUAUGCCAUGGGAGGGUGGCCAGAUUCUCGUUGGCGACGUAUCCCUCAACGCAGACGGCAUCCUCGCGAUCAUAAACGAAACCCACGUCGCAGGGGUCAAGGAGAAAAUCAGGCGCUACGUCAAUCCGUGGAAGUAUACUGCAGGAGAAGCCGCAGCCCUAUUUCCCGAACCCGUACCAGAAGAUUUCGGUCGACCUCUUUGGUCACUGAAUUGGUCUCCAUACGCUGUGAUAGAUGCUGAAGGCACCAAGGCCAUUUUUGUUGCUAUCAGGGACGGGCGCGAGAUCUUGUACUUCGUCGAUUUAUUGGGGGGUUCUCAGCCUCUUUUGCUUGAGAGCCCGUUCAUCGUGGUCAACGUUAUUCGUACAGUGUCUUUGGAGAAGGGGGAGUUCGUUUUCAAUGGCCAUGCGUUAGACGACGAGGAGUCCAUCUCCCGCGGACCGGUGUCUCCAUCGAAGGAGCUGAGACUCGAUUUCCUACUGAAGGCCUCUAAAACGGUUACGUUCCCUGCUGGUAUUAUAUCUAUACCUCGUCCGUUGACGCUCAAGAUUCCCCCGAAAGACGAACCGCUCCAUGUUGUGUAUUAUCCUCCCCAGAAACCCGAAUACUCCGGGAGCAGCAUGGAGGGGGAAUUACCCCCUUGUGUCCUCAAUGCUCAUGGUGGUCCCACAGGCCUCUCGAAUCACGCCCUAGAGUGGAAGAAACAGCAUUUCACUUCGCGUGGUUGGGGAUGGUUGGACGUAAACUACGGCGGAUCCUAUUCAGCUUGUCGAGUACAAGCUUGCCCCCUUUGUUCCGCUUUCGCUUUCGUUCGCUUUUUCGUUUAUCGAAAACAUUUGGUUUGA